GCUAUAGGUCGCAGGUGGGCCCUAUCAGAUAUAAGCUGCGAUCACAGUUCCCUGUACAGACCUCAGGAGGGAAGACGUUCAAAUAAAAGCCUGAAGAUAAGACAGGAUGGCCUUGUUCAAGACUGCUUUGCUUCUCUUCAUUUGUCUGGAAGGCAGCGCUCUGACUUCAGCUUUCAAGGUUGAUGGUUUGCAAACCGUCCCAGAUGACCUUAGAGCAACUGGGGAUGUCUGCCAGGACUGCACCCAAAUAUUUACACUCCUCGCUGACAUGUUUUCCAAUGCGGACCUCCAGAAAAAGAUCAUGGAUGGCAUUGAAAAUCUGUGCGACCACCUGCCAGGGCCAGCUGCUGCCAAACUGUGCAAAGACCAGGUGGAGAAGAUGCUUCCAAUGGCCAUCCAGUUCCUUACUGGUGUUGUGAAACCAGCAGAUGUCUGCAAAAUCCUUGGGCUCUGUGGCUCUUGUCACAAGCGAGAGAAGAUGCUCCAUUAUUUUGUCAGGGAGGCCCUUCAGGUUGCUGUGACAAGUGAGAAUGUGGAUCCCACAACACAAUGCACCUUCUGCAUUUUUCUCAUGAAGACCCUGGAGGACUUGCUGCCCAGAGAAAUGACUGAGGGUGCUGUGGUCCAGCUGCUGGAGGAGCUUUGUCAGAUUUUGCCCCCCUCCUACCGAGUCCAGUGCGAGGCCAUGGUUGGCAAAUUUAGCAAGACGGUCAUAGACGCCAUCCUGGGCUACGCCACCCCUCAGGCCAUCUGCGCCCUAAUCCGCCUGUGUAAAGGGCAGGAGGCUCCACUUGUAGACCCGUGCACUUUGUCAGCAUACAGGUGUAGAGACAUGAGGACUGCCCUCAAGUGUGGAACGAUGUUUUACUGUCAGAAAUAUGCCUGGAAGCCUCUCAACACCUUAAAAUAUUAAGUGUGGGACCAAAAAUAUGAGUCAGAGUCGAAGGCCCCAAAGACGACCCAGAUCUUUCAACAUCAAACUGCAAAUAUUUCUCUAACUGCUUGACACCUGUGGCAUUCUGUCUGAUAGCAUUUCAGAUACUGAUAUGGUAUCUGAGUGCAUUUUUUUUGAUUUUGCAUUGUACAUACUGUCUGCACUGAGUGAAGAAAGCCAGGUCUUAGCCGGACAAACUAUCAUGACAAAGGCAUUAUUUGAAGUUCAGGAGUAAAAGGAAUGUGGAGCAGAUAUGAAGACUCAACUGUAGGAUCAGAAAGUUGAAUGAUUCGUACAAAAGGAAGAAUUUUCACAAAUAUUCUGUCGACUUGAUAAGAACUUUAUGUUUUUCACUUUUUUUUUUUUUUUUU